AUGUCGUCCGGCAACCUAACAUUACCCCACAAGAAUAUUACUGAGUGUAUUGAGUUCCCCCCUAACAUACAUUCGCCGGGCCUUUUCAAAUACAAAACAGCUGCUGGGAUACCAUAUACCCUUCCCAAUCUGGAGCUGCAGAUGACAGGCCUAAUCCUCGGACCUACAUUCCUCGGGAAACUACCAGUAUUGAAGCAAUACCUGUUUAAUCUACAGAGCCAAGAAAUACUUGGUGUGCUUUCUGAGUUUGGCUAUGGACUCUUUAUGUUUCUCAUUGGAGUGAAAAUGGAUUUGGGAAUGAUAAACAGGACAGGGCAAAAGGCCCUGUGCAGCGGUAUUGCCUGCGUCCUCUUUCCUUUGGUAGUCGGUAUGCUUGUCCAAACCAAGCUCACCUCUUCUUACUUUAAACUAACCGCCGACGAAAUGUUCAAGCUUCCAUUUAUGACUGCAACACAUUGUUUGACUCCGUUUCCGGUUGUUGCUUGCCUUCUUGAGGACCUCAAGAUCUUGAAUUCAGAGAUUGGGCGAUUAGGCAUGUCUGCAGCAUUGGUCAGUGACAUGUUUAGUGUGUUUCUGCUAUUUCUGGGCACAUUAGCUAGAAUGGUACAAGAGAGUUCUGCACGGAGGUCUAUGUUGGGCAUAGGAUCCAGCAUUGGCUAUAUCAUCGUUGUUGUGGCCAUACUCAGACCGGCAAUGUAUUGGGUGAUCAGGCAGACCCCUGAAAACAGGCCUGUCAAGAAAGCCUAUCUCAAUAUCAUCAUCCUCGUUGUGCUUUCAUCUGGGGUGCUUUCGCAUAUGUAUGGCCAAGGUUUUCAUUUUGGUCCGUUUAUACUUGGUUUGGCUGUCCCAGCCGGACCACCAUUGGGAUCAGCCAUUGAAGCCAACCUCGGUUUGUUCGUCUCUGAUGUGCUUCUGCCCAUCUUUGUGACUAUAAGUUCCAUGAGGACAGACUUUUUGUCGCUUAAAUAUUUUAAAACUGACGCAUUCACGCAAGUCAAUGGAAUCCUCAUCCUCGUCGCUCUUGUGGCCAAAUUCUUAGCCUCCAUUGCUGCUCCAUUGUAUUGCAACAUGCCCUUCAGUGAUGCAUCGGCAAUUGCUCUCAUUUUGAGUUGCAAAGGCAUUGUCAACCUUGCCGCCUAUACCAAUUUCAGAGACAAUCAGACCAUCAAUGACCCAACAUUUGUUUUGGCAAUUACUAGCGUAUUAGUGACUGCAACUGUUGUACCGAUCGCGGUGAAUUUACUAUAUGACCCUUCAAGGAAGUACGCAGGCUACCAGAGAAGGAAUAUGAUGCAUUUGAAACCCAAUGCUGAACUCAAAAUACUUGCCUGCAUUCAUAGGUCCACUAACAUGCCUGCAGUCAUCAAUCUACUUGAUGCAGCAUGUCCAUCUAUAGAGCACCCCAUUGGUGUUUAUGUUCUUCACCUUAUUGAAUUAGUUGGCAGGGCCUCCCCUAUUUUCAUCUCCCACGAAUUGCAGAAAAAAACUGUCUCCAAUGUUUCAUACUCAGACAAUGUCAUUCUUUACUUCAAUCAGUUUGUAAGGGAAAAUCUAGGGGCUGUUUCUCUAAGCCUCUUCACAACAAUCUCUGCACCAAAAUACAUGCAUGAAGACAUAUGCACCCUGGCACUGGACAAGCUUGUAUCCUUAGUCGUGCUCCCAUUUCACCGGACAUGGUCUAUUGAAGGUUCUGUGGAGUCAGAAGACAACAACAUCAGGACCCUAAAUUGUAGUGUCCUAGAUAGAGCCCCAUGCUCUGUUGGAAUUCUUGUAGACCGCGGCUAUUUAGGCCGGUCCACCUCCAUUGUAGCACCUCAGUCAUCAUUUUAUGUGGCUAUAGUCUUCUUGGGAGGUAAAGAUGACCGGGAGGCAUUAGCAUUUGCCAAAAGAAUGGCCAAGGACUCAACGAUUAGCCUAACUGUGAUCAGGCUUGUUUCCACGACUAAUGAAGCUGUUGACUCGGAUUGGGAUAGUGUACUUGAUGCAGAGGAGUUGAAGUGUUUUAGAUAUAAUGAUGUGGAUGAGCGGUAUGUGAUGUACAUGGAGGAAGCUGUGAAAGAUGGGCCUCAGACAACUUUUUUACUUCGGCCUAUUGCGGAUAAGUAUGAUCUUAUUAUAGUAGGGAGAAGGUAUGGGGUACAGUCCUCUCAGACAGUAGGGCUUUCAGAAUGGAGUGAAUUUCCAGAGCUAGGGACUAUAGGGGAUUUGCUUGCAUCUCCAGAUUUCAAUUGUAGAGCUUCUAUUCUGGUGGUACAGCAGCAAAGGAUGAUGAGACAAUAA